AUGAUUUCCCAGGAGGCCGAAACACCUGACGACGUGGCCCGAGCCUGUAGUCGCUGCGCUGAGGUGGGACACUUCGUCCGGGAAUGCCAGAACCCACCAGUCCUAUACUGCUGGGACUGCGGGAAACGUGGUACCCGCACCAUUGACUGCUGCCGCCAGUCGGGAAACAGCCGGGGUCCUCGCACACAGGGAGCAGGCGGCGACCCACCCAGCGCUCCCCCACCAUUAGAUCCACCGCUCCGCUUGACGGGAGGCCGGAUCGUCUUCACGGUUACCGUCGAGGGGCAACUCUUCUCGGCAACCAUCGACACGGGGGCCCGGCAACCAAGGCCCUGCACGCACAAGUGCGCCUGGACCAACAACAUGUCCGCAUGA